AUGAUCGAGGUCAAAUUCUUAGGGCAUGUAAUAUCUCAAGAAGGCAUUAUUGUGGAUCCUGCAAAGAUAGAUUCUAUCUUGCAGUGGGAUAGACCAAAUAACAUUACUGAGGUUCGAAGUUUUCUUGGGUUAGCAAGUUAUUAUCAUCACUUUGUGGAGUAUUUUUCUCAAAUUGUUAUGCCUUUGACAAAGCUAACAAGAAAAGAUUUAAAGUUUGUGUGGGAUGACAGUUGUGAAGAAGCUUUCAAAGAACUUAAGCAAAGAUUGACUACGACGCCUGUUCUCACUGUGCCUAGUAGUGAUGAACCGUAUGUGGUAUUCACUGAUGCUUCUGGUACUGUUUUAGGAGGAGUUCUCAUGCAAAAUGGCAAGAGUUUAAAGUAUCUCUUUACUCAAAGAGACUUGAAUUUGAGGCAAAGAAGAUGGGUCGAGUACAUGGAAGAUUAUGAUUUCACUUUGCAAUAUCAUCCUAGAAAAGCAAAUGUGGUCGUUGAUGCAUUAAGUAGACAACCUCAUGGAACUUUGGCUUGUUUGGCUCUUGAGGAUUGGAAAAGAAUGAUCACGGUGGGUGAUUAUGAAUUAGAGUACUGUGAAGGAAAAUAG